AUGGCGCAUACUCAGGAACCAGACGCCAACGCCACGUCUUCCGAACAGCACAAAUUAUACUUUGGCUACGGCUCAAACCUGAGCACGACCCAGAUGAAAACCCGCUGCCCCGCCUCGACGCCCGUCGGCCUCGCCUUCCUCGGCACUGGAUGGGAGUGGCUCAUCAACGAGCGCGGCUACGCCAACGUUGUCUACCGCCGGUCAGAGAACAAGGAUGCCACUGGCACGAGCACGAGCACGAGCACGGCCACGGGACCCGGCGUCUACGGCGUGCUCUACCGCCUGCCGCCCGCUGACGAAGAGCUGCUGGAUGGGUACGAGGGCGUGCCGAUCGCGUAUGAAAAGGUGACGCUGCCCGUUCUCGUCUUCGCGCCUGGGGAGCAGCAGGGGCCGGGCGAAGGGCGCGAAGCGGAGGCGCUGGUGUACGUGGAUUAUCACUGUGCUGGCAAGGGGGAGCCGUUGGAUGAGUAUGUGGGGAGGAUGAAUCGCGGGAUCAGGGAGGCGACCGAGGCGUUUGGGUUGCCGGGUUGCUGGUCCUUGGGGUCGUGGUCGAUCAAAAUCAACGCCGUCUGGAGCAAUGUCGGUCUAGUCAUAGCAAUCACCUCCUGA